AUGGGGAGGGCGAAGGAAGAAAUGCUUUCAAAAUCUCGUCGCCUCAGAAAUAUUACGCCAUAUAAAAAUGAGUUCGAAGAUGCUGCAUUGAUCGUACAGGAGGUUGAUGCUUCUAUCGCCGAUGUAUCUAAAUUUUGUGGAAUCGUGAAGUUAGCUGCUUUUGAUCCUUUCAAGAAUACAGAGGCAGCUCUUGAAAAUGCUAAUGCUAUCUCUGAAGGUUUGGCUCAUGCGGAUCUACUCAACUUUCUCGAAAGUAGUCUCCCUCAUAAGAAGAAAAAGCUGAUCUUGGGUGUCAAUGAUUCAAAGCUGGCGGGUUCGUUAACUGAGGCGAACCUCGGCGUGCAGCUUGUAUUUGGAGGUGUUGUUACCGAGAUCUUACGUGGAGUGCGGGUACACUUUGCUCAUCUUGCUAAGGAUCUCCCACAUCAUUCACUAGCCAAGGCACAGCUGUCCCUUGGACAUAGUUAUUCGCGUGGAAAGGUAAAGUUUGAUGUUCAUCGUGUUGAUAAUAUGGUCAUACAAGCUAUCGCACUCUUGGAUCAAUUAGAUAAGGAUAUCAACCUUUUCGGAAUGCGCAUCAGAGAAUGGUACUCAUAUCACUUUCCGGAACUUUUCAAAAUAGUGCCCGAUCAGUACAAAUACGCUCGAUUAGCUGUGGCUAUUUUGGAUCGUAAUAAGUUAGGGGAAAAUGCUAAUAUAGCAAGUGAGAUUCAUGAAAUUGUUGAAGAUGAGGAGAAAACCAGGGAGAUAUUGGAAGCAGCUCGUACCUCUAUGGGUAUGGAUAUAUCAGACAUGGAUUUGGCCAAUAUCGAAAGUUUGCCUCUCGUGAUGAAUAGCUGUGCUCCUUCACUGAGUGCUCUGAUUGGGGAACAGGUUGGAGCACGUCUUAUCUCACAUGCUGGGUCCUUAACAAAUUUGGCGAAAUAUCCGGCUUCAACUGUGCAGAUUUUAGGUGCCGAAAAAGCGUUAUUUAGGGCCUUGAAGACAAGAUCUGCCACUCCCAAAUAUGGAUUGCUUUUCCAUUCAUCAUUUAUCGGAAGAGCUUCGACAAAAAAUAAAGGCAGAAUCUCAAGAUUUCUUGCUAAUAAAUGUACGAUAGCCUCUAGGAUAGACUGCUUUUCAGAAGUACCAGUGUCAACUUUUGGUGAGUUUUUGAGAGGUCAAGUUGAGGAGCGUCUCAAAUAUUUCGAAACUGGUGAAGUCCCACAAAAGAAUAUUGACGUGAUGUCUAAAGCCCAGGAUGAAGCUAAACUAGUUCAAGAAAAGGUGCUCAAGAAGAGGAAGAAGGCAGCCAAAAAAGCCAAGAAAAUUAGAGAAAGUGAAGUUCAAGGUGAAGAAGCAGAAGUAAGUGAUCCGACACAGGAAAAGAAACACAAGAAGCGUGUCUCUGAGGAACCCGUUGCUGCAGUAGAGGCAGAACUUUU